AUGACUUCCAGAUCCACCGUGAGAAGCCAAAGCAGCAGCCGUAAAGUCUUCAGGGCCGGCUCAGCCAGAGUCCCUGGGGUCGGCCGCUCUGGCUUCUGCAGCGUGCCCGUGUCCCGCUCCAGGGGCAGUGGUGGCCUCGCUGGAGUGGGUGGAGGAGCUAGCUUUGGCAGCCGCAGCCUCUAUGGCGUGGGGGGCUCAAGGAUCUCCUUCGGAGGGGGCAGCUAUGCCCUCGGUGGUGGAUAUGGCGGCAGAGCUGGAGGUGGCCUUGGCUUUGGAGGCGGAGCCAGGAGUGGGUUUGGUUUCGGCGGUGGAGCUGGUGGUGGCUUUGGGCUCGGUGUUGGAGCUGGCUUUGGUGGUGGCUAUGGGGGCUCUGGCUUCCCCGUCUGCCCCCCUGGAGGCAUCCAAGAGGUCACCAUCAACCAGAGUCUCCUGACUCCCCUCAACCUACAAAUUGACCCCACCAUCCAGCGGGUACGGAAAGAAGAGCUGGAGCAGAUCAAGACCCUCAAUGACAAGUUUGCCUCUUUCAUUGACAAGGUGAGCCGGGGGCUGCAUCUGGUCCUUGUGGUUGGGUUGGCAGGAAGUUUUGGAGAGGCCCCGGCCAGAGCACAGCAGUCACCCAACAACCUCCCUGUGGGAAAAUGCAUCCGCUCAGCAAGCAUCUCCCGGGGGCAGAGGUAUGAGGAUGAAGUUAACAAGUGCACGGCUGCUGAGAAUGAGUUUGCGGCUCUGAAGAAAGACGUGGACGCCGCCUACAUGAACAAGGUGGACCUGGAGGCCAAGGUCAACUCUCUGACCAAAGAGACCAAUUUCCUCCAGGUGCUCUUUGAGGCAAAACCGUCCCAGGUGCAGACCCGGGUCAGUGACACAUCGAUGGUCCCGUCCACGGACAACAACUGCAGCCUGGACCUGGACAGCCACAAGCCUCAGGAAUCAUGUGAGCAUCCCCGUUUCUUUCAACUUGGCAGGAGCCAAGUUGAAAACUUCUGGUGGCAUCAGUACGAGGAGCUGCAGGUCAUGGCAGGCCGGCCCGGUGAUGAUCUCUGCAACACCAAACAAGAGAUCUCUGAGACGGACCGGAUGAUCCAGAGGCUGAGAGCCGAGAUCGACAACGUCAAGAUGCAGUGUGCCAGCCUGCAAACAGCCAUCGCCAACGCAGAACAGCACGGAGAACUGGCCCUCAGGAAAGCACGGGCCAAGCUGGUGGACCUGGGGGAGGCCCUGCAGAAGGCCAAGCAGGACAUGGCGCAGCUGCUGCGUGAGUAGGAGCUCAUGAACAUCAAGCUGGCCCUGGACAUGGAGAUCGCCACUUACAAGAAGCUGCUGGAGGGCGAGGAGUGCAAAUAUGAAGAGGAGCUCUCCCUGCAGCCCUCUGCUGAGAAUGAGUUUGUUGCCUUGAAGAAGGAUAGGGACACAGCCUUCCUGAUAAAGGCUGACCUGGAGACCAACGUGGAAGUUCUGGUCCAGGAGAUCGACUUCCUGAAAAGCUUAUAUGAAGAGGAGAUCAGCCUGCUGCAGUCUCAGAUCUCAGAGACCUCUUCCAUCAUUGUGAAGAUGGACAAGAGCCAGGAGCUGGAGGCAGAUGGCAUCGUUGCCCAGAUCGAUGCCCAGUACGACGAAAUCGCCAGCCGCAGCAAAGCCCAAGCAGAGGCCUGGUACCAGAGCCGGUAUGAGGAGCUGCGGCUGACAGCCGGGACCCACUGUGACAACCUCCACAACUGCAAGAACGAGAUUCUGGAAAUAAACAAGCUGAUCCAGUGGUUGCAGCAAGACAUUGAGAACGUCAAAGCCCAGCGCUGCAAACUGGAGGGUGCCAUAGCCGAGACACAGCAGCAGUGGGAGGCGGCCCUCAACGACGCCAAGUGCAAGCUGGCUGGGCUGGAGGAGACCCUGCAGAAGGCCAAGCAGGACAUGGCCUGCCUGCUCAAGGAGUUCCAGGAGGUGAUGAACUCCAAGCUGGGCCUGGACAUCGAGAUCGCCACCUACAGGCGCCUGCUGGAGGGCGAGGAACACAGGCUGUGUGAAGGUGUUGGGCCCGUGAAUAUCUCUGUGAGCAGCUCCAAAGGCACCAUCCUCUACGAGCCAAGUGUGGUCAGCACACCCAUGUACUGUCCAGGGGACACCAGUGUCCUCAAGAACAGCGGGAGCUGCAGCAUCAUGGGUACCAGUGAAAUCUACAUCCCCUGUGAGUCCCAUGGGCUACUGGGCUGUGGAAGCAGGCGGAGCUUCAGCAUGAAGCUAGGGGCUGGGGGUGGCUCCUCCUGCCACAACUGUUAG